AUGGGCAGCACAAACCCACUCACCCCUCUGACGCAACCCGCCUGGGUCCACGACAAACCAUCACUGCGCUUCCCGUACAGUAUCUAUGCCCACCUGGAAAUUGUAUACAAAACCACGGGCGGGCGUACACCCGACCAUGUGGCCCUCCGCCAACGCUGUGACGACACUAGGAAGAACUCAACAAAACGCUGGUCCAACAAGGAGAUCGCGGCAAUGGCCCAGCGCCAAUACUACUACCUACUUGUCAUGAGUAUACCGCAAAUCUCAAAUCGGGACAAAGCCAGACACGACAGCUUCAACCGCUACUUCGAGCCUACAAAACUCCGGCUCUGUGCUAUGAUUGUAAUGAAUACGUACAUGUUCACAUUGCUCGACGACCACGCCUACGGCUGUCUCUGCCCUGUCUGCCCCGGUGACCACAAAUUCACCACCAGCCACUUUACCUGCAUCCAACAAUUGAUUCGACGCAUCCUGGUAGGCCCGAAACUGCCACCCAUUGGCCCUGAUCUCCUUCACCAACUACAGGAGCGCCAUGACUUCCACGAUGUUCCCCAUACCCCGGCUAAUCACACUGCUAAAACCAAGUCAUCGCGCUUAUUGGUUCCGCCUAUGAUACUUCCGAUCCAGGCCAGCCAGCACAUAUCGAAUGCGUCCGUGGUCUGGUGCGGCAUUGGCUCACCCCUAACCCCGAAUCAUGACGGAUGA